UUUUCAGUUAAUUGAGUUACCAUGACAACAAAUGUACAAGUGCAAGCUCCUCCAGUAGCUGGUCAGGUAGUUCUCUACCAGCCAGGUCCAGUACACCCUCCAUCAUCCUUGAACAAGAAAGCAGCGCUAAUAACCGGCUAUAUGCAGAUUGGUCUGGCAGUAGUGUCCCUUUCUUUUGGUGUGGCUACUAUAUUUUCUGGAUAUUAUGCCGGAUAUAUUUCUGUUCCAAUCUGGGGUGCACUUGGAUUUUACCUUGUGGCUGGAAUUCUAGGAGUGGUUGCAGGACAGACAAAUGGAAGAAAUAAAUGUGUUAUUGUGGGUUGUUUGGUGAUGUCAAUACUUGCAGCUGUAACUGCUGGUGUCCAUAUCAUUAUUGGCAGUAUUUCAACAGCUGUUGGUCGUUAUAAUUAUGAUUAUUAUUAUCAUGAUUAUCAAUAUUAUUAUGAUCAUCGGCAUGAUGGAUGGUAUGCUAUCAACAUUCUGAGCGUGCUGGUUGGAGUGGUUGAAUUUGUGACAGCCAUCGUUACAUCGGCGUUCAUGUGUUGUGGGACACGCUGUUGCUGUGGACAAACACCAAAUGGUAUGGGCCAACAUCAGUAUGCAUCUUAUGUUGUUCAACCUGGCCAAACUGUUAACCAAGGUCAGGUUGCCAUCCAAGGAUAUCCCAUGGUGCAGCAGCAGGUUGUUGCUCAACCACAGCUCACGGGUCAACCACAGUUUACAGGUCAACCACAGGUCAUGGGUCAACCACAGCAGAAUGUCCAGUACAUGGGUCAAGCCACUGGACAGCUGCCUGCCUACACCGAACAUGAGACUAAAGAAGUUCCUCUAGUCUGAUUCAUCUUCUGUAAGCAUUGGUUUCCAUAAACAGAAGAUACUUUAAAAUAAUAUAGUUAAAAUGUUAUGCUAACCUCACAUGACUCUAGCUUCUAGGUGUCGAUAUUGUAUUCCGUAGAUUAAUUUGAUUAAUUUAUAUUAUUAUCAAGUGUGCCACUCUCUGAUGUUGAAUUGCGUACAUUGACAAAAUCUCAAGAAUGUAUAAUUUAAAGAGGAAAUUAUAUGAUCUUAGGCCAAAUGAAAAAAAUUAUUGUGUUGGCCACGCCCGACCGACCCAAAAUGUUCAAAAUUGACAGUUGGCAUUUUAGUUUUUUUUUUGUUUUUUUUUACACAUUGAAAAAUAUUUUUUAAUGAGCUAAAA